AUGGUUCCCUUAUUCGGUUUAUUUUACAUUUUUUCUCAAUUGUGCUCCUUAUGCUCCGCAUAUGUUGAUGUCACUAGUGGUUACCAAGUAUUUUUGGGCUUGCCAAACAAUAUGACAAACAAUCAAAUCUGCUGGUUAUUCCAAACAUCAUACUUCGAUAUCAAUUCCGAUAAAAGUGGUAGAACACUUAGAACAGGACGGUUUGAACCUGGCGAUCAACAAUCUUUGGUUUAUAGGGAUACUUUAGUUGAGUUGGAGGCUAUUACAGAUUUUUAUGAGUACAGUAACCUAGAUCUAUCGACUUAUAACGGACCUGAGCCAUAUAAUUCUGAGACUGAUUAUUGUAGAGAUAUAAUGGAUUUGGUAAUGCGUGUAUAUGAUGAAGAAGGAAAUUAUGUCCAUCCAGCUGCUAAUGGCUCAAGAAAUGCUUGCGCUCAUCCAACUCCUCCUACGUUAAACAAUCUAUUGAUAAAUCAUUAUUUUGACGGAAGAAAUUAUAAAGAAUCUUCCAUAUAA